AUGUUUCAAAAUGCAGAGAGACUACUGGCUGAACAACAAAAUCUUAGAAAAAAUAGAAAGUAUAUGUUCUACGCAAUUCCCGUUUUUACAAAAAAAAAUAAUGUAACUUGGGAAUGUGGAUUUCCUGGUCCCGAUUCUGAUUUAUUUAAAGGGUCUUAUUAUACAGUUGAACUGAAAUUUCUGCCAAAAUAUCCUUUAGAGCCCCCACGUGUCAAAUUUAAAAAUCCAGUUUAUCAUCCAAAUGUGUAUCAGGAUGGUAAUGUCUGUCUUGAUAUUAUAUCGUCAAAAUGGAAACCUUCUAUGAAUGUUAUGAGUAUAUUAUCGGGUUUGCAACAUUUUUUAGAAAAUCCUAAUAUUAAAAGUCCUGCUAAUGUUGACGCGGGUGUUUUAUUUAGGAAAAAUAAAUUGUCCUACGAUAAAAAUGUUAGAGAAAAUAUACUGAUGCAUCAUAGCAGUCCAAAUUUUAGAAAAAUGUAA